GAUUUAUGUAGUAGUGCACUUAACGUAAAUCAGCUGCUGCAAUAUCAUCGAAACGGGAGUUAAUAUGUCGCUACAGUGACAUGGAGUAUGGGGACGUUCCAGCUUUCGAUUGGAUGAAACCGUGAGCAGUUGAUUUACGUCAUGUGCAUAGUUAAAUAAAUCGUUGUGUACUCGGAAAUUGAAACUCUUUGCUCCGUGCCUUGUGCGUCUGCGAAGUCUGUGAGCUGUCUUAAAGCGCGGGCAACUGACUGACACGAAAGAUUCGUAGUGAUUCGUAUUGUAUCGUUUUGGUAGUGUAUCGAAGUUUUAUGUUAUUGAAUUUUUUAAGCUUUCUUGUCAAGAGGCCAAGUUCUUCUGGGCUACUGAUUACAGAAUAAAAGUGCGUGUUCAUCUCGUUUCACCCAUUCACCGCAAGUGAGAACAUGUUCCCUAAUUGUAACUAACAAAGUUGUAUUUUUGGGCGUGCAUUUUUGAAACGAAAUCUGGCAUCAAAAAUGUCAGAAAUAAGUAACUUAACAAGUUUUAGUCUGCAUUCACAAGUAUGUGAACAAAAAUUGAAUGAGCCUGUGAAUCAAAUGGGAAGAUUUACGGUUUCUGGCAUUUCAAAAAUUAAAGCUGAAGAAAUAAAGCAUUUGUUGGCAUCUGUAAAAUUAAAACAUGAGAAAUAUAACCUUCUGCAGCAAUACGAUUCAAAAUCUGAUUUACCAGUGAAGGUUAUUAAAAAGGAAUUAUUGGAAAAGUAUGCUUUUAAUAUGAAUUGUCAUGACUACAAUCCUCAAGCUAACAUUUUGUUUGGAUUAAGUGAAAUUGAUGUUGAUGGAGGAGCAUCAACAGAGAGACUUAGAUUUCCAGGAGAAGAUCGUAGACAAACUUCAGAUUUAUCAAAGUCUAUGAGGACAGGCUUUCAGGAUGAGCUGAAUUUUCACCCAAAGAUAUUACUCAAGAGAUUUCAAGUUUUAAAAGCAAUGGUGGCUCUUCACAAUGAACAAGUUUCUACUUUGUCAUGUUUGGAAGAAUGUAAAUUCACUGCAAUGAAAGUUCAGGAGUUAUUGUUACUGAAGCAGCAGACUGCAAUAAAAGCUGCUGAAACUUAUCACAAAGGACUUUUAUCACUUUUUAUAGAUGCUCAGUUACUAAAAUACUCUGUUUUAAAGGAUUAUUUCUCAGAAGAUAAAGCAGUUGUAGAUGCUUCAAUUAAAUUACGGGAAUUGAUUGCUUCAGACUUUGAGAAUUUGAGGUGGAAAGAAAUUGAUCUUCAGAAGAAAAUUGAAGACUUCAAACAACUGAAAGGGCCCAGAUUUGAUCAGUUGUUAAGGGAGUAUAAACUUGUUUGCGAAUCCAUAAGUAACAAGGAGUGGACACUGCAAAAUCUUCUUUGACUUUAGGGUAAAUUGAAAGUGCCCCCCGUCUUGUAAUAUUAACAUUUGUAAUAAUUUGAUGUUAUUAUUUUUUAAAGCACUGUGUAAAAUACAUAAAUAAUGUACAUAAAUAAAGUGCAUGUAUAUGUCAAAUUUCCGUUUUCUGGAAUGUAAUAAAAUCCCAGAUGUUCUUAAAUGUCCCCUGAAGCGUUUACAACCCUAUUAGUUAUUUCUUUGAGAUUUUUUCUUCUUUUUUGGUAACUACUGAGGUUUUGUUAAAAAUUCAAGCAAAAGAGGGGCAUUAUUUAUAUCAUCAGCAUUUAUGUACUGGAUAUGUUCUUGAAUGCAUUCGAUUUACCCAUUAAAGACAAACGUU